CCUAUCGAUCACAUCCAGGCCUGAUGAAACUGCUUUUGUCAAUGCGAACGCGCACAAAUCGUUCCUCACGGCUCGAUGCUGAUGAGUUUGUGCACUAAUGAGGGAUCGCCUUGAGUUGAUGUUGCUUUCUGUCAGUAACGGGUCUGACUGAUGUCGGCGUUUUAUAAACUGUUGAGCUGGACAGGAAGAGAACAGAACAGGUUCCUGAAGAGUGAAGCAGGUUAUAAAUCAGACUCUCCUUCCCUGGAUCUGUUCGGUCAAACAUCUGGCUUCUGACAGUCAUCCUUUAGAAAACAGAUCCAACUGUGAAUCAGGACACAGUUUUCAGCGUGGUGAUAAAGUUACAGCAUUACUGCAGUCUUUAAAGUUGCUGUCCUGCAUCUCUGGAGCUUCUAUUCUUUGUGUGUUUGCCGAGACUGACAUCCAGUAAACGUUUGUAGACUCACGGACACGGCUGCGUUACGCACGUGACCCAAACCAGGAAAUAAGAAACAGAAAUCACAUGAGUUCAGGGAAACAGAAACUGAAAGUGUAGUCGAGCUGUUGUGAGUUUGUGUCUCUGUAUUCAUGCAGUAAAAUGGCAGGAGUCAGAUUUUCUCAGAAUUACUUCAAGUGUCCGGUGUGUCAGGAUCUCCUGAAGGAUCCGGUGACUACUCCAUGUGGACACAAUUACUGUAAGAGCUGUAUUACAGGCUUCUGGAAUGAUGAAGAUCAGAAUAAAGUCUACAGCUGUCCUCAGUGCAGACAGACCUUCAGUCCAAGACCUGCUUUAUCUAGAAACACCAAGCUGGCUGAACUGGUGGAGAAACUGAAGAAGACCAAACUCUCUGCUGACUGUGACGCUGGAGCUGGAGAUGUUCAGUGUGACGUCUGUACUGGAAGAAAAUGCAAAGCCGUCAAGUCCUGUCUGAUGUGUCUGGAGUCUUACUGUGAGAAUCACCUUCAACAACAUGAGAGUUGGUUUAAAGGAAAGAGACACAAUCUGACCGAAGCCACUGGACGACUGCAGGAGAUGAUCUGCCAGAAACACGAGAAGAUCCUUGAGGUUUUCUGUCGCACUGAUCAGAAGUGUAUAUGUGUGCUGUGUACGAUGGAUGAACAUAAAAACCAUGACAUUGUAUCAGCAGCAGACCAGAGGACAGAGAAACAGAAUCAGCUGAAGGAGACUCAGAAGACGCUCCAGCAGAGAAUCCAGCAGAGAGAGAAAGAUCUCCAGCGGCUGAGAGAGACUGUGGAGUCUCAUAAGCGCUCUGCACAGACAGCAGUGGAGGACAGCGAGAAGAUCUUUACUGAGAUCAUCUGCUCCAUUGAGAGAAGACGCUCUGAGCUGAUACGACUGAUCAGAGAUCAGGAAAAGCAAGCAGUGAGUCGAGCUGAAGGACGACUGGAGCGACUGGAGCAGGAGAUCAAUGAUCUGAGGAGAAGAGACGCUGAGCUGGAGCAGCUUUCACACACACAGGAUCACAUCCAGUUCCUGCAGUCUGUAUCAGCACCUCCACAAUCUACAGACAUAAAUUACGAUUCCUUCAGUUCUCACAUCUCUUUUGAUGGCCUGAGAGAAUCUGUCUAUCAGCUAAGAGACCAACUUGAGGAUUUCUGCAAAGAGCAGCUUAAGAAGAUCCCAGACACAGUCUCACUCACCAACAUUGUUCUCUGGACAAGGAACAACUUCCUACAAUAUUCCCAUCAGCUAUCUCUGGAUCCGAACGCAGCAUAUAGACGUCUCUGUCUGUCUGAGAACAACAGAGUGAUUGCUAACACUGGCAAAGUCCAGCCGUAUCCUGAUCAUCCAGACAGAUUUGAUGGUAUGUGUCAGGUGUUGUGUAGAGAGAGUGUGUGUGGACGCUGUUACUGGGAGCUGGAGUGGAGUGGAUGUGUGAGUUUAUCAGUGUCCUAUAAGAGCAUCAGCAGGAAGGGAUCAGGUAAUGAGUGUUGGUUUGGAUCCAAUGAUCAGUCCUGGAGUUUGACCUGCUCUUCCUCAGGUUACUCUUUUGGAUUCAAUAAGAUAUGGACCGAUCUCCCUGUGAAGUCCAUCAGCAGUAGAAUAGGAGUGUUUGUGAAUCACAGUGCAGGAACUCUGUCCUUCUACAGCAUCUCGGACACAAUGAACCUCAUCCACACAGUCCAGACCACAUUCACUCAGACACUCUAUCCUGGGUUCGGUGUUUAUAAAGAAUCAUCAGUGAAACUGUGCUGGUGAAUCAGAAUCGACUGAUGAAAAAUUCUAUCCAUAAUGCUUUGAUCUUUAUGAUGAAUCGGUGAAAGUAAGAUGUUAUAGAGUAUCUUUUUUCUCUUCAUGAUAUUAAUACCGCAGCUUAAAUUAAGUGUAUAUUAGUUAGUUCUGGCAAAUCACGCAAAUCAAGCUUUCAUCAGCUGACUCUCUUCUAUAGUCAGAAGAAACUAAAAAAAAGCUUUUUGGCAGCAAAGCCACCAGAUGGGUUUCGUACAAACAGGGAUAAAAAGUACCCCAUGUCCAAGGUUAAAUAUACUCUUGGAUCUUUAAUGUUGAUGGUCUUUUGGUCCUGGUGGUAUCGUUCAGAUGCAUGGCGGCAUGCAUUCUCUUAAAUACCAACAGAUAAAAAAUAUUAGAAGUCUAUUAGAAGUCUUAUAAUGGACCAUGGUUGGAUCUUUCAUUGGGACAAUAAUCCAAAGCAAACACAAAAAUAGGUCUCUGAGCACAAAAAUGUUUGAAAAGGAUGUUUCAAUAAUUGAGCGCCAGUAAUUGUGGCCAAUAUGAACUAGAGAAAGCAUUUAUUUCAUAAUGAUAUUUCCCCCCACUUUCAUCUGUUUUACUUCAAUGGUAGGUUAGAAUUUUGUGAUUUUUAAAAUAAACAGUGCAGAUUUAUUUUCAGAGCCACCUUUGCUCAUAUUUACCAAGGGUGCCAACAUUAGUGGAGGGCAGUGUAUGUUGGCAAAUAUGCUAUCGUCAAAUAUUGCUCAUUGCUUAAGACUAUAGCUGCUCUGUAAAAUGUUUGUUUGCUAUGAGGUGCUUGUAUGCUGACGACAUUAACCAGUUAAACACACCACAGUGAGGCUUGAUUUUAAAUCUGUUUUUAAAGCUGUCUGAUAUGAAGCAGGCUUGCUGCUCAAGGCUCAUCUAGUAUUGGGAAUUUGGUUUCAUUACAUUUGUAUCCUAAUACUGUUUCAAAGUCAAUAAUCAGUCAUAUGCUGUUGCUUAAAGCUAUUUAGUGCAUCCUUGACAUGCUUGAUAUUUAUUGUGUAGUAUAUAGACUUUGUUACUAAAGGUUUUUAUUCAUGCUAAGGAUUAUCUGGAUAAGGGCACCAUGUUUUCAGGUAUUGACUGAAUUAAAGGUGCAUGCUACUCUUCUCAGCUGCUUAUUAAAGAAGAGCCCCCCUUUGAUGUUCUUCGCUAAACCCAGAGUUUUUUUCAGUCUCCUCCCCUUUUUUCAGCAUAAGCGAUGUUUAAAUAGCUUAUUAAUGCAUGCAUGCUGCAAAAGUGCUUUUGUUGCUGAGAAGUUUUGCCUUAUUUCAAGUAUAAAUAUUUAAAACUAUAACGUUCAGGUACAUUUUCUUUAGAUUACAUUUUUUGUUUUAAAGUGCAAACACGUAGAAUUGUCAGAAAAGAAAAGUAAUCCUAAUGCAAACGGAAACGAGAAUAUUUUAUAAGAUUUAAUUUCUUACCCUAUCGGCAGAUAAAGUCUUGCUUUAAGAUAAAGAUUUGCUUUAGGGAAAAUCUGAGAAAAAUACGCUUCAUGAAAACAAGAAUAAAUACCUUAUGUUAUUUUUAUAAUUUUUUUUUGCCAUAUUCACAUGUAUAUUUAUUUGUUCACAAUUUAUAUGGUCAUAUAUAUUUCUUAUAAAUACAAAAUUAAAAGCAUCCUUUGAUCUUCACAUGCAAAUUGUGUGUCUUUAUGUCUGUUUUUAUAUCUAUAAUCAUUUAUAUUCAUAAUUUUCAUUCAUAUGAUUUAUUAUUUGAUAACUGUUAUUAUUUCAUCAAUAUUUGAUCAUUUAUCAAUAUAUUUUUGAAGGAAAAUUAUUUCAAAGUAAAUCCUACACCAAUUGAGUGAUAUUAUUAUAAUACAAGGUUCUAAAGAUAACCCAAACGUAAGAUCACUUUUUUCAAGCUUGACAGUGAAUUUAAAGCUUCAUGGAAAUGCUCAAACAAAUGCAUUUUUUUACUUUCUGUGAAUCCUAAAAAACUAAAUUUAACCUGGUUUCCACAAAAAUAUCGGGCGGCACAACUUUUCAGUUUUCAACAUUGAUAAUAAUCAGAAAUGUUUGUUAAGCAGUAAAUCAGUAUGUUAUUAUGAUUUUUUAAAGAUCACGUGACACUGAUGAUGAAGUAAUGAUGCUGAAAAUUCAGAGCUUCAGAGUUUUCAACAUAUAUUAAUCUAGAAAAAGCUAUAUGAAAUUGUAUUUUUGCUGUAUUUUUGAU